AUGCGAAAGGCACCAUUGGCCGCUGAGCACGCAGCCGGUCAGCGGUCGACGCAGCCCCGGUACGGCGAUGGCUUGCUUCAAACGCCACACGCAGUUUCUGUAGCUCCUGACUCUGUAGUAUCUACACAUGUACAGAGGGGGCCACUGCGGCUAGCAAAGACACAUGGUAGUACUGCAACUAAGAAGACGGUCCCGCCACCUGUAAUGGCGGCCGGCGGUACCACGGUCAGCUUUGCUGGCCCCACGGCAGCGCCUGGCAAGUUAUUGGUGCCGACGCCCUCCACCGCCUACCCGGCGCCUCCGGCGUACACGGGCACAGUGCUGCUUGCCGGAUAUACGAGCAGACGAAAGAUUGUGCAGAAGGCGGCCGCUCUCUCCGCGCGCAUGCGCCGUCAGGUGCAGGAUGUUGUACAGAUGGAGGAGGAGCAGCGGGUGCUGUCGCAGGCGUAUCGUGGCCGGCAGAAACUUUUUGAGCAGCAGCAGCAACCGUUCCAGCAGGCCCAGGCGAAUCAGAGAAGCGCAGCGGGCUUUGAUGACGCAAAAGCGGCGGGCGAGAAGGCAGCGUCGAGGACAGGGGUAGACGCUGCUGGCGGCACGUCAUCUAUACCAGGCCUUCCCUCCGAUCCAGCGUCGCCAGUCGAUGCUGCCGCGGCAUCACCCGACAAGAACAACCCUGCACCGUUACCAAAUGCCGAUAUCGGGCUAGCGUUCGAGGGUGCGUUGGACAUUAAACAACAACUACAGCAACAGAUGCAAGAGAAGAGCGACACUCUGAUCAAGAUGCGCGGGAUUCAGCAAGCGAUCCUGGAGCUCAGCGAAGAGACCACCGCCGCCGUGGAGCAGCGCUUGAUCCAACAGAGCGACUCGACCUCCCUCGAGGAGGCAGAUGGGAUCUCUAGGGCGCACACGGCCGAGGACUUUGGCGGCCUAGUGACGGAUGACAAUGCCAACCGGCACCCUGCCUCUUCAACGGAGGAGAAAAGGAAGGCGGAGAUGAUCCAAGAGCUGCGGUCAGCCUUGAAGGAGAUGCUCGACGUCCACCAUGCAUCUUUUCUGGCCCAGCACCCGACGGUUGGUAGAAGCGUCACAAAGGGCACUACAGCGACAGAGCUGCCAGGGUCGACGUGGCUUGAACGGGACGCGACCUACCGUCCCCCUGAACCCUUGCAAAUGUUCAGCACGAACGCAUUUGCGGUCACACUGGAGUACCUCAGCAACAGCAUCGCCUGCAUCGCACACAUUGCGGACGAAGUGUGUGUCGCGAUAACCUUCCGCUCACGCGCGGAUCCAGUGGUGCUGCGCCCCCACCUGGAAUCGCUGCAGAAGUGGAUUGCACAGGCUGAACGCUGCCUUGACACGGCGCAGCGGCAUCUCCGUCACUUCCAGUUGGGCGAAGCGGCUUUACUUGAUGGCGGCGCGUACGAGGUGAACAGUCUGCGCGAGCAGGCGCUCCUCUUGAGAGAGUCGCUAACGGCACAUGAGCAGAAGGUGAAGACAGUGGAGGAGGCGAAGGUGUCGGUGCUGCAUCGUCUUCGUGAGAUUAGCAGACGCUGCUACCUUUGGGAGGUGCACUUGCUUCACCGCAGGGACUCUUUCUACGGUGAUGGCACCUCUCAGGUGUCGAGCUCAGUGGAGGGAAUCGGCAGUGGAGCGGCGCUAGUGUACCUCUCCACCUCUAACGCGAAAGUGUUGGAGCCGACGCUGAUGGACGCGGGGCCUAAUAUGGAUGCGACUGGGACGAUUGUGCCUGAUGACAGUCUCAGUAUUUCAUUUCCGUACACCACGACACUUCCCGUAUGCGUCGAGGUUGGCAUCAUCGCUACUACGGCAGUGGAAGCAUCCUCCUCGGAGGCGACGACAGCCAUCACGCCCGGACUUUCGUCCACACUGCGGAAUUCCCACCGUGGAGGCACGCAGAGUUUCAGAGUUAGAAGUGAUGCCACGUCACGGCCGCCAACCACCUUGUCGCCGCGCACGCCAUCUCCGCCGUUGCUUUCCAUCUAUGCGCGCGCUCAUCAGCCACCGACGUCCUCGUCGCUGCGACUCAUUGAACAGCGCGUUGCUCGCUCGUGGUGCAACCCGUACGCCCGCAAGAAGUACCUAUGCCAGCGUGCAGAGCAGGUGAUGAUGCAGCACCAGCCUCAGCAACAACAGCUGCGAGAGCGUUCAGCAGAGCAGCAGCAUUCUUUCUCGCGUGUCGGCGCCUCGGUGUCGGUCGACCUGGGAAGCGGAGGUGACGAUCUGGCUACGGAGGCAGCGCGGGCGUCGACCUCGCAUCCGGCCAGCUUCAUCUCUUUCGACUCGGUUCACCGCUGCUCAUCCUCGUACGUGAUCAUGGAUGCGGCCACCACCGCGGAUGAUGCGACUGGUCGAGUCAUGUUUCCGCGGCUGGGAUCACACACUUACGCCAGGCAUGGCAGCACUGCUGCAGAGUCAAAGCGCAGUGCUAGCCGUAUGGCGGACUCCCUGGCAACGUCGGUGGCCGGCUCGACAGGUAUCGUUGGGGAGCCGGUGGCAGAUCUGGCAGAUGUGCGCACCGUUCAGCUGCUGCAGAGCUUAGUGCGCAGCAUACCCUCUAAAAAGUCUGCCUUCCCUCGCGAUCACGCAAAAGGCACAGAGGGGAGGCGCGAUACCGGCGGCGGCGGCAGCGGUGAUGUAACGGCGAACUCAUCGCUGUCGCCGUCAUCGUGCAUUGAUGUAACAAAAGAUGCGGAGAAAUGCGCUGCGACGCGGCAUAGCAUCCAGCGACUCUGCAGGUAUCUCACGACGUUCACGACACGUCCCGCAUCAAGCCGGCAGCCCGUAUUGCAAAAGUGA